GUUAGGUGAGCCUUGGUUGUCUAGUAUAGUUGGCAUAAACCGCUCUGAUUGCAAAAGGGGCAAGUCACUUCUAUCGCUUGGGAGACUACUAACUUUAUGUUAGGAUGGAGAAGAUGAAGGGUGUUGUAAACCAUGAUGGAAAAGAAACUGAAUUUGCAUGGUAUCCAGUAAGCCUUUUGCGGAUUGUUUCACAUGGUUUUGCAUCAAACCUUGUUGUAAGCUCAAAUGGUUCUAUUAACAAGAUCCUUGAUCAUGCUUGCUAGUUCAACACCUGAAUGCAACAGGGAGAGAAUGUUGGCUCUCUGACAUUGCGCCCCACGCUCCCAAGUUACCAUGGUGUACAGCGAAGAACGCAUGUUUCCAAAAGUGCUUGAAAAGAAAAGGCCAAGGUUUCCGACACGCCAUUGGCGAAAUGUGGCGGCAGUGGAGCUUGUCCAUUACUUUUCUACCUCAGCAGAGAGAAUCUAUUCGAUUGGUACGACGACCAUUGUUAAAUAAAGUAAACAAGAAAGCAGGGGCUGAGGUUACGAGAUGAGCAUGAUCAUGAUCAUGGCUAAAAUUCCACCACUACCCACCUACCAAUGUACCAGAAGUGAUGGAACCCGAUUCUCCAUUACUGAAAUGAUGGUCACUAGGAGUCAAAAACUUUGUCCAAUGAAUUGUGGGUUUCUUUUAAUUCAUCGAUUAGUUUAGUGGAACGAGAGAUUCAUUGUGUUUUCUAGUCAUUAGCUUAGUUUACCAGGCAUCCAAAGACGUAAACUUUUGAAAGAGCGAUUGACUUUCCAACAACUUGUGGAAAGAAGAGUUACAUUUACUGUUAGACUGUGGACUUGGAUCUUCAUGUUCGUCUUCAUUUAAGUUAUUUUUCUGUUGAUGAAUUUUUAAAAUUAAAAACUAUACAUAUAAUUAUCCUCUACAUACCAAAUGGUAAUACGAAAUAAAUUUUAUUAAAAGUUUUAUCUUAAAAUCAAUUUGACCGAAUCCUUAAAUUUCAUUUUAACCACGUUUGCACCAACACACUGUUCACUUGGUUGGCUUCACCCGCCCUUCAUCCCGUUCAGGAAGACCUGCAAAAGAAAAAUAAACCAAAAAAAGGUUCUCAAAUUACAACGAAUUUGUUCCUUUCCUGUUUGUCUUUGAAUUUUUUUUUCUGGGUAAAUUUGCAAGUCUGAUUCAGCUUAUGCCUGGAUCAGUACUGUUCUUGUUUAAAGACGGCAGCGGGUCUCCCUCAGGCGUAUGUUAAUCUUAAAUCUUAAUUAUGCAGUUGGAGUUUGCGGUUUCUGGUGAUGGAAAGGUAGUAGUAGGAGCUAGCAUUCAAGAGAAGACGAAAAAAGAAACGCCAGAAGUUCACUGCUUUCGCUUGAAGACAAGAUGGAAGCUAUUGUGGCGAGUGUUAGUGAUGUAAUGCUAUCUGCGUUGUUCCGCUCCCUCUUUGAAACGUUGUCUUCACCUGACUUUCUUAAAUUCUCGCGGGAGGAGCGAGUUUGGGCCGAAAUCAAGAAAUGGAAGAACCUGCUGCUUAAAAUCAAUGCCUUGCUUCAGGAUGCUGAGGAAAAGCAAACCACGAGUCGUGCUGUGAAACUCUGGCUCACGGAUCUACAACAUGUUGCCUUUGAUGCCGAAGAUGUUGUUGACGAACUUGCCACCGAGUCUUCACGGCGCAAACUAUUGGAGCUGGCUCAACCUUCUGCGAGCACCAGAACGUUAUGGAAGGUAAUACUCCCAACUUGUUGCAGUGCUCUCAAUCCAAAUGGUAUUAAGUUUAAUGCCAAAAUGAAUUCCAAAAUACAAGAAAUUACUUCAAGAUUGCAUGAGUUGGCUGCACUGAAGAAUGAUUUGAAUUUAGUAGAGUUUAGUGGAGGGAGGCCUGAAAGAGUGCUUCAGAGACUGCCCACCAGUUCUCUCGUUGAUGAGCCUCAUGUCUAUGGUAGGGAAAGGGAUAAGGAUGCUAUUGUUGACAUGUUGAUGGAUAGUGGUGAAAUGGGUAGAGGUGAAAUUGGUGUGGUUUCAAUUGUAGGUAUGGCAGGAGUAGGUAAAACUACUCUUGCUCAGUUAGUUUACCAUGAUGAGCGAAUUGAGACUUCAUUUGAAUUGAGAGCUUGGGUUUGUGUCACUGAGGAUUUUGAUGUUCUUAGGGUGACAAAGACAGUGCUUCAUGCUGUUGAUUCUGAUAUUGGCAAUUCGCAGGAUUUAAAUUUACUUCAAGUGUGGCUAAAGGAGAAGUUGACUGGGAGAAAAUUUUUGAUCAUUUUAGAUGACCUCUGGAAUGAGAACUAUGAAGAUUGGGAUGUUCUAUGCAAACCCUUUGCAGCAGGGGCACCUGGAAGUAAAGUACUAGUGACAACACGGCAUAAAAGAGUUGCAGCAGUCACAGCUGUCACAGCUAACAAUGAGGCAUACCAUUUGAAGGAACUGUCAGAUGAUGCUUGUCUGUCAUUAUUCACCUGGCAUGCUCUUCGAGCUAGAAAUUUUGAUGGACACCCAAAUUUAAAAGUGGUCGGUGAGCAAAUAGUGAGGAAGUGCAAGGGGUUGCCACUUGCAGCAAAGACCUUGGGAGGACUCCUUCGCACUAAAGUAACGCAAGAAGAAUGGGAAGAUAUACUGAUGAGCAAGAUAUGGGAUUUACCAGAAGAAAGAAGUGGCAUACUUCCAGCUCUGAGAUUAAGCUACCAUCAUCUUCCUUUCUAUUUGAAACGAUGCUUUGGUUAUUGUGCUAUAUUUCCAAAGGACUAUGAAUUUGACAAGGAUGAGUUGGUCCUACUAUGGAUGGCAGAGGGUUUCUUACAACAGCUAAAAGGAAAGACACGGAUGGAGGACUUAGGUUCUCAAUAUUUUAAUGAGUUACUGUCACGAUCAAUUUUCCAACAGUCAACCAGCAACAAAGCACGAUAUGUGAUGCAUGACCUCAUAAAUGAUUUAGCUCAAUCUGUUUCUGAUGAAAUAUGCUCAAGUCUUGAUGAUAUGGAUAUAGUUGAGGGUGAUAAGUUAUGCACAGUUGCUGAAAAGGUUCGUUAUUUGUCAUUCACUCGUCGCCAGUAUGACAUUAGAAAAAGAUUUGAGGGCCUGUAUCGGAUGAAGAAUUUACGAACUUUAGCUGCAUUACCAAUUUGUACAUCACCUUGGUCAGCAUGUUGUUAUUUAGCUGGUGAUGUCUUACAAAAGAUGCUGCGAAGGUUAAGUUGCUUAAGAGUGCUAUGUUUAAGUUGUUAUUGCAUCAAUGAGCUACCAAACUCCAUUGGUCAUUUGAAGCAUUUACGCUACCUUAAUUUGUCUCGCAGUAGAAUUACACAAUUACCUGAAUCUGUGGGUUCUCUUCUCAAUUUGCAAACAUUGAUACUGCAAGGAUGUAAGGAACUUACUAAGCUGCCACAAGGUUUUAAAAAUUUAGUGAACCUUCGUGUUCUUGAUCUUACUGAUACUGAUAGUUUGCAGGAGAUGCCAUUAGGGAUUGGUAAUUUGAAAAAUCUUCAGAUUUUGUCCAAAUUCAUUGUGGGCAGGGGUAGUGGAUCUGCUGUUAGUGAAUUAAGAGGCUUGUUGCAUCUGCGAGGGGAGCUUUCAAUUUCUGGGUUGGAAAAUGUUGUGGAUAUUCAAGAUGCUAGCAAAGCUAAUCUAAAGGAUAAGUAUGGCUUGACUAGGUUGUGUUUGCAAUGGAGCCAUGAGUUCCUUGAUUGCCAGAAUGAGGAAGCUGAAAUGCAUGUUCUUGACAGGCUACUGCCUCAUAAAAUUCUUGAGAAGCUUAGAAUUCUGUUCUAUGGUGGUACAAUAUUCCCAUCUUGGUUAGGUGAGCCUUCAUUGACUAAUUUAGUGGACCUAGAACUCUGUAAUUGUAGAAAUAGUAUAUCACUUCCAUCACUUGGGAGACUACCCUCACUCAAAAUGUUGUCGAUUGCAGGCAUGGAUAGAGUCCAGAAGGUGGGUUUAGAGUUUUAUGGACAUAUUUCUCCUUCUGUUAAGCCCUUUCCAUCCUUGGAAAUUCUAAGGUUUAAAAGUAUGUUGGAAUGGAGAUGCUGGUCUUCUCCUAAUCAAGUUAAUGAACACUCAGGGGAAGAAUUUCCUUGUCUCCGGGAACUUGUGAUCGAAUAUUGUCCCAAGUUGUGUGGAAAGUUACCUGGCCGUGUGUUUUCCCUCAUGAAACUUGUAAUUAAGCAUUGUCCAAAUUUAGAAGGUUCAUCUGUGAGUUUCCCAUCACUUUGUGAAUUAAAUAUGGAAGAUUGCAAAGAAGAGUUACUCAGAAGCAUUGUUGGCAUCACCUCUUUAACAACAGUCAGAGCCAAGAGUAUGCCAGAGCUUCAGUUUGUACAAAAUGAAAUUGCACAGUUUCCAGGAGCACUUAAAUUUCUUGUCAUUUCCAACUGCAUUGGAUUGACAUCAUUAUGGCAGAAGGGUGCUAUUUCGUUGAAUAUUUCUUGCCUUGAAAGUCUGAAAAUUAAGGGCCAGUCACAAUUUGUGUCAUUGAGUGAAAAUGAUCAAGGCUUGUCUAGCAAUCUUGAAGACCUCAGACUGUUAAAUUCUUGUAGCGUGUGGAAGCCUCCUUGGAUGAUGCCUGCCCUCACAUCUCUCAAAGAUUUGCAAAUUGAGUCAUGUCCAAAUCUUGUGUUCUUUCCUGAGGUAGGUUUCCUACACACACUGAAACAUCUUAAGCUCAAAGAUUGUCAGGCUCUAAAGUCUCUGCCCAGUGGGAUGAUGAUGCUUAAUUGUAAGAUAAACGGGUGUCCUCUUGAAGAAUUGGAGAUUGAAGAUUGUCAUUCUCUCACAUGCUUUCCCAGAGGCAGGUUACCUACCACACUUAAAUGUAUUAGAAUCCGGUAUUGUACAGAUUUAAUGUCUCUACCUGAGGGAUUGAUGCAGAUUGAUAAUAGCGCAAGCAACAUAUCUCUUCUUGAGAUCUUGGAGAUUGUUGCUUGCCCUUCUCUAAUUUCAUUCCCCAAAGGCAGAUUACCUACCAGCCUUAAAAAUCUUAAGAUUUGGAAUUGCUCCAAAUUGGAACCCCUUUCUAAUAGGAUGUUGCACAAAUACGCAUCGCUUGAGUCCAUCGAUGUCUGGAAUUGUGCAAAUCUGAUAAGUUUGCCCGAGAACCUGCACAAUGGGACGCAUCUGACAGAAUUAAAAUUUGGUUUAUGUCCUGCUUUGAGAUACUUCCCAGAAACAGGCAUGCAUCUUCCGAACCUGAGAACACUGGACAUCUACAAAUGUGACAGUCUAAUGUCUCUACCCGAUCAUAUGCUAAGCCUCACUUCUCUUCGAUGUCUAUCAGUUUCUGAGUGUCCUGGUCUUCUGUCCAUUCCAAAAGGUGGCUUGCCUCCUAAUUUAUCAGUAUUUGAAAUCUGGGAUUGUCAAAAUCUUAAGCAGCCCAUGUCAGAAUGGAACCUACACAGUCUAGCCUUUCUCAGGGAAUUGAGCAUUGCUGGUGGACCAGAUACAGUUACCUUUCCAGAUGAAAAGUGCCUGCUUCCUACAUCUCUAGUGUCUAUGUUUAUUUCAAGACUUCAAAAUUUGCAAUCUCUGUCCAUGGGGCUCUAUAAUCUGACCUUGCUUGAAGAUCUAGAAAUUGUCGAGUGUCCUAAGCUUCAACGCUUACCAAAGGAAGGCUUACCUGAAACACUUGGAAGACUUUGUAUCAGGGAUUGUCAACUUCUAAAUCAACAUUGCUUGAAGGAGAAAGGGGCAUAUUGGCCUGUGAUAGCCCACAUCCCUCGUCUAGAAAUCACAGAUGAUUAAUGGUUGGACUUUGGUCGGCUAGUUUGUGAUUUUCUCUGGUAGAAGUGCAACUAUGGAUGGAAGAGUAAGAAGCAGAUUAAAUCAAAAUCUCCCUGCAAUCAGUGUAGUCAACUGAUAUUUCUUGGAUAACCAUGUUGAUCAUGAAGUUGAUUGGAGUCAUUUAUCAUCUCCCAAGGUUUGAAGGUUCAUCUAUGGCUUACCCAUCUCUUUCUGAAUUAAUCAUUGAAAAUUGCAACAAAGAGAUUUUAGGAAGCACUGUUGGCCUCACCUUUCUUAUAAGACCCAGAACCAAGAGUAUGCCAGAGCUUAUGCAUCUAGAGGGAGGGGAUUGUACAGAUUCCAAAACUUCUUGUUAACCCUAUAUAUAUAGAACCUUUAGAAUUCAUUUGAAUAACGGUUAAUAAGACUUGUUCUUGAGUAUAAGGUAUUUGAAAUAAGGUAAUAGAGAAGGUAUACGGAAGGGAAAUACUUCCAUAUCUGAUCCACUAAUCCAAACAUCUCAAGAUAAAAGUAACACUGUCAUUUAUUUUGAAUUGCUUUCACUGCACAUGGUUAUUAUCCAUGUAAAGUAGUUAUUUUAAUAAAAUUGGUUGUAUUCUAGUU